UUCCCCAUUCCCCAUUCCCCAUUCCCCAUUCCCCAAAUCAACAUAUGACAAUAAAUCUGGCACCUAUGAAGCCGGGUUUCCUCGUCGGGCUGGGGCAUUCACGCGCAGAUCGUUUUUUCCCAUAUAAACGAUACAAGGUGUUGACCUAAAUUCCCCUACUUCAAGCUGUCGUUGUCCCGCUCACUCCGCCUUCUCCAUCCUGCUCUGCCUUCUGCUCGACUGACCGAGAUCUGGACCGAGCACCCCGAUCUUAUAACCUAACCUAACCUACAGAGAUACCCAAGCUAGGUCGAACUAAUUCCUCGAUUGAGGUUUUUUGGGUAUAAAGAUGUCGGACGAUGAGGCGAAGGAGGAGAAAGAGUUGGAUCUCACUUCCUCCGAUGUAGUCACCAAGUACAAGAAUGCUGCCGAGAUUGUUAAUAAGGCUCUUCAGCUGGUAGUUUUAGAGUGCAAGCCAAAAGCUAAGAUAGUGGACAUUUGCGAGAAAGGAGACACAUUCAUCCGAGAGCAAGCUGGGAGUAUGUAUAAAAAUGUGAAGAAAAAAAUUGAAAGGGGAGUUGCUUUCCCGACCUGCAUAUCUGUGAACAAUACUGUCUGCCAUUUUUCACCAUUGGGGAAUGAUGAUGCAGUUUUGGAGGAGAAUGAUCUUGUGAAGAUUGAUCUGGGCUGUCAUAUAGACGGUUUUAUUGCUGUGGCUGCGCAUACUCAUGUGCUCCAAGAAGGACCAGUAAGUGGAAGAGCAGCAGAUGUGAUUUCUGCUGCAAACACUGCUGCAGAGGUUGCAUUGAGGCUUGUGAGGCCUGGGAAGAAGAACAAAGAUGUUACGGAAGCUAUUCAGAAGGUAGCUGCUGCAUAUAACUGCAAAAUUGUUGAAGGAGUCCUGAGUCAUCAACUGAAGCAGUUUGUUAUUGAUGGCAACAAAGUAAUUUUGAGCGUCGGGAACCCUGACACUAGAGUUGAUGAUGCAGAAUUUGAAGAAAAUGAAGUAUAUGCUGUAGAUAUAGUUACUACUACUGGUGAGGGCAAGCCAAAAUUGUUGGAUGAAAAGCAAACAACAAUUUAUAAAAGAGCUGUAGACAAAAACUAUCAUCUGAAGUUGAAGGCAUCAAGGUUUAUAUUCAGUGAAAUCAACCAGAAGUUUCCUAUCAUGCCCUUCAGUGCAAGGGCAUUGGAAGAGAAGCGGGCUCGGCUUGGUCUGGUUGAAUGUGUAAACCAUGAUCUUUUACAGCCAUAUCCUGUUCUUCAUGAGAAACCUGGUGACAUUGUUGCUCACAUCAAGUUUACAGUGUUGUUAAUGCCCAAUGGAUCAGACAGGAUUACUCACCACCCUUUGCAGCAGCUGCAGACUUCAAAAAAUAUAGAUAAUGAUCCUGAAAUCAAAACGUGGUUAGCUUUGGGAAUAAAGACCAAGAAGAAGGGCAGUGGAAAGAAGAAAAAAGGUAAGAAAAGUGAGAACUCAGCUGAAUCUGAACCCAUGGCAGAAGAUGAAAUCGAAGGGUCUGCCCAGGAAUGAGA